AAAGUGUUUUUAUAUCUGUGCGGGAACGGAUGAUUGUGUGUGCUUACGAGAAAAAAUACGAAAAAAUAAAGAAAAUUCUUAUUUUACAAUACAUAUAUAUUUAUGUAUAUAUAUAUAAAAAGUUUCCAUUAUACAUUUAAAAAUUAUUUAUUUUAAAAAAAUAUAAAAAAGAACGAAAAAAAUAAAAGAAGUGAUUGCAAAAUUAGAAUGGAAGCAGCUAUAAGUGAUGAAAUAUUUUAUCAACAAAAUCAUAAUAAUAAAUUAUUAACCAAUGAAACAAUAACAAGUGACUAUGACUCCUCCGCCUAUAAUACAAGCACAAAUCUAUCAACGUCUUCCUUAUCAAAUUGUUCUUCCAUAUCUUCGCCGUCGUCGUCAUUUACUAAAUCCCCUACACUGGAAAAAAUGAAAACAAUGUCAGCAGCAGAGGGCUACACACAAUUGGAGCACGAUGACACAACAAUGCUAAAUGAUUACUUUCAUACAGCACAGGUGCCGUCAACGCUGCAGCUACAGCAGCAGUUGUUGCCACAAACACAGCAACAAAUAAAUCAACAGGUGCUGCAACAAUUAGGUUUUAAUUUGUACGACGAUAAUUUAGAUCUUAAUUAUGCCACCAACAUCACUACUACAGAAAAUAUCACAGAAAACUCUUUAAAUAGUAAUAAUUUAUCUACUCUCUAUGGCACUACUACACCUACUUCACCCUCCUUACUUAACGUUAGUAAUAGUAACGAUGAGAUAAAUAGUAAUUUUUCCCAUAAACUGUUGGGCCUAACAACGAACGAUACAAAUUUAUAUAUUGAUGAUGAUUUCAUUUUAAACUAUUUAAAUCCUGCAAACGACAUGUCACCAACAACAGCAACUAAUGCCAACAGUUUGUAUAACAUGGACAGCAACCACCAACAACAGAAUCAUAACCCACUAUUAUCACCUUCAUCUUUAUUACAUACUAGCACACAUUUAGAUUCACCCUCAUCUAUACUAAACACAAACACCAAUACAUCAUCUUCAUGCAUAAACUCACCAGCCUCGGACUUAAAUUAUAUGGAAUUACAAGGAUCUGCUACGUCGUCAUCAUCUUCAUCCUCCAAUACACCUUGUUCGUUAAUUGGCAUUAGUAAUGAUAGUAGUAUCAAUUCAUUUAAUGAUUUCUCAACGGGAGAAAAUGGUAUUUGUUUUAAAUUUGAAUAUGCUUUUGAAAAUCAAAAGUUAGUACAAGUACAACCUCCACCAACAGAAACAUCAAUACUUUCUCUGCCUUCGAUUGCCACCACUGCCACCAGUAAUAGUAGUACAAGUGGUGGUGGUGAUGUUAUAUCUAUGACAGAACCCAUUUCUAUAAUGACUUCAUCGUAUGAUUCUACCGAUGGUGGAGGAGGAAGAGUAGAUCUUUCACCAUCAUCAUUAAUACCGGCGUCUUAUGUUAUAUCCCCCUCCCAAACGUCGUCAAAGCAUAAUAUGGUCAAUAUAUCGAAUGAAAGUUAUAUGGAAGUAAAUAAUGAGCCUGAUGAACUUUCAUUAUGUAUACGACCUGGUGCCUUACACAAACAGAAAGGAGAGCCAACUUAUGCAACAGUUUCUUUCGAGAGUUCGGAUGAAUCACUAUCACGUUACAAGUGCAACUAUGAGAAUUGCAAUCGCAGUUACAGCACAAUUGGUAAUUUGAGAACACAUUUAAAAACUCACAAGGGUGAAUAUCGCUUCAAAUGCCCCGAAGAGGGAUGUGGCAAAGCAUUUUUAACUUCCUACAGUUUGAAGAUCCACAUACGUGUGCACACAAAAGUUAAACCCUAUGAAUGUGAUGUCGGAGGCUGUGAAAAAGCCUUUAAUACACGCUAUAGACUCCAUGCCCAUUUACGCCUGCACAAUGGCCAAACGUUUAACUGUGACCAGUGUAAGAAAUGUUUUACUACUCUUAGCGAUUUAAAGAAACACAUGCGCACCCAUACCCAAGAGAGACCCUACAAAUGUCCCGAAGAUACAUGUGGCAAAGCAUUUACUGCCUCGCAUCAUCUUAAGACACACAUACGCACCCACACCGGAGAACGUCCUUAUCCAUGCGAAGAGACCAGUUGUCAAAAAUCCUUCAGUACUUCACACAGUUUGAAGUCACACAAGAAAACCCAUCAGAAACAGACUCAGAAUCGACCACCGAGGGAACGUAAAACCAAAAAUAAAAAUCGUAAAAAUGAAAAUUCUAAUAAUAACGACAGUGCUGGGGAACAGGAUUUGAAAUUGGUAAAACAAGAAAUGGAUAAAAUUUCCUCAUACACGGAAGAAACUAACUCCACCUUUAAUGGCAGUGAAUUUGAAGGCAGCGGAGUCAAUGAUGAAUUGAAAGCACAACAGUCUUCCACAGCAUUUGUUAAAUCGGAAGCAGUGGAAUGUAAUAUCAAUGAUAUGUAUAACGUGCAGGUGCCAGAAAUUAAAUCUUCACAGUAUACAGCUCUAGCACCCAAAAUUGAAAGUAUGCCCAUGCCAGAAACUUCACAAGCUUUUCAGGUGGCCUAUGCAGCCGAGGAGGAGAUACCAACACCUUGGAUUGAUGCGGGAGUCUUAGUGUCAAAACCUAUAUUGCCUAUGGCCCCGGUAACAUCGGCCUGUGUGGCCAUACCCACAGAAAUGCCCAGCUAUGUUAAUUUACAGCCCAAUUAUUCAAAUGCCAUGUCGAUUGUAAAUCCUCCCUACCAGGUGGCAACAGAAAAUGCCAAUCCCAACUUAGCCAUGGAAAUUGAUAACAAUGACAUGAUCAACAACAGUAUUAAUAACAGACAACAACAACAUAAUGCCUAUCAUCAAAUUCCUAAUGCCAGCAAUACUCUUGCACAAGAUGUUAUGCCGCUACAGGAGAACAUAGAGGAUUUGUUAAAGGGUACCGAUUACAGCAGUGAUGCUGAUAUGGAAACAGAAUCAUUACUUAAUGACAUUUUAAUGACCAUUGACAAUAACACCAGUCUAUUGCAGGAAACUCUACAACAGGCCGAUGAAGUGCCUACAGAUGGUUCGGGUCUUAUAGAAGUUGAUUUGCGUAAUAAUAAACCCACGCUAAAACAAAUAACAGCUGAAGCUGGCAUCUGCAGCUGUACCAAUUGUAAAUGUGAUAAAACCAAAAAUUGCCAAGGUGACUGCUCCACUGAGGCGCCUUGUGGUAAAAAGCAAACUAAUUUUAAAAGUGCCCCUAAAGGCGGCUGCUGUGGGCAUAAAAAUAAUGCUAAAAAACCUUUAAGUAAACGUGAAACGGAAAUGAAUCAAAAUAUUGAAGAUGUGGCCAUGUUAUUGCAAAAUCUAGCCUCCAUGGGUAGUGGCCGAAAAGGAGGUUGCUGUGGUGGUGGUGCUGGCAAUAAGGAAACUAACACAACUGAAAUGAAUACUAACAAAACCUCCUGUUGUUCAGGACCUACUAAUAAACCUAUGGCUACUUCAGCUUGUUGCUCUAUGCCCGAAACAAAACCAUCUUCUGGCUGCUGUUCACAGGAAAAAACUUUGCCACCCAAAACCAGCUCAUGUUGUUCUUCAGCAGACAGUAAAAUGAUGCCGCCGCCACCACCCUCAGUAACUAACAACACCAAGGCUCUUAAAAGUUCUUCUUGCACCUGCAAGAGUCCAUCGGAAGGCGUCGCUAAUGGCUGUUGUGUGGUUAUCUGCAUUAAAACUUUACAGGCUUUGCGUAAAGUUUUAACACGCAAAAAUUUAAAUCUUAUGCUUUGUCCUCAAAAUCAAACGAAUCAACAAAGUAAUUAAGAAAACAAAAUUAUUGUUUUGAAAUUGUACUUCUUUUAAAAAGAUAUUUUGUUUUUCGUUUUUUUUUUUUUUUAAUUCAGAGAUCUUUAACAAUUGUUAAAUUUUGUCUUUUUAUAAUAUAUUUUUUGUUGCUUAAUUAACAUAUAGUUUAUAGUUGAAAAACAAUACUUUGUUAGCUACAUGCCAAAAACGGAAAUUAUAUAUAAAUAUUAUUAUUGUUUCAUGCCAUAUUUUAUAUAGUAUAUAAAUUUAUAAAAAAAAAGAAGAAAAAAUAACAUUGUGCCUUAUUAUAUCAAAUUUUUUAUUAAAAUAAAAAUAACCUACAUACUUACUACAUGCAAGAAUA